CACAUGUAUACACCGUGGAACAGUCCCUGGAAACGGCCAAAGAGACUCCAUCUGGCAGAUUCAUCCAAGGCUGGAGAAAGCUAUGGACAGAUAAGGCAAAGGAUAUUGGGAAUCAUGAAGGUUGAGGCUACUCUGUUUCUUUAAGAAGUAUGCUUGUGAUUUCACGGACUAUGCAGUGGCCUCCAUGGCUAUGAUAAGCUUCCUGUUUGUGGCGGUGAUGUAUGUGGUCCAGCACCUGAUUCUUGUCAGUGACCGGAUGGACCUGGACACACUGUCCCGAAGCAGACAACUGGAGAAGGUAAUGAUCGAAGAGAUGCGGCAGCUGGAGCUGGAGUUUGAAGAGAGAACUCGAGAGGAGGAGAUGCAGCAGGCAAUCUGGAAACCAAUAGAAAUUGAGGAAGAAAAACAUGAAGAAAUCAACGAGGAAAAAACCAGCAAGGAGAGCAACGUCUUAUCGGAAGAUUCGGAGAAGGCCUGGGCAUUCCAAUCGGAAGGUCCCAAAGGGCCGCUGGGCUGGAUGCUGGGGAACCUGUGGAACGCAGGGCUUUUUGGUCUGUUUCUGCUCUUUGAACUUCUCCGGCAGAAUAUGCAACAUGAGCCAGCUUUUGACUCCAGCAGUGAUGAGGAAGAGGAGGAAACCACUGGGGAGACUGUUACUACCUGCAGUUGGCUGUCUGACUUUCCUAAGCAGGAAGACUUGGAUUCCUUUUUUGAACAGAACCUCCAAAGCACCACCCGAGACCUGCCUAGUACUUGCGAAUUUGUGGAGAGCUUUGUGGAUGACUUGGUAGAAGCCUGUCAAGUGCUGGGCAGGAGGGAGAUACACCCCCAGUUGGAGGACUGCCUGGGCAUAGGUCCCGCCUUUGAGAAGUGGGGCAUCGGCCAAGACGCUCACCGGUUUGAGGUGCUGGUGCCCAUAUCUGCCCCGCAAAGCAACUCGUUCCACCUAGACAUGAGAACCGUGGAGUCUGGCCUCCUCCGCUGUGGCCGGGUGGUGGUGGAGUCCGAGUGCGUGUGCAAGCGAGAAAAGCUUCUGGGGGAUGUGCUGUGUCUUGUCCACCACUGGGACCACACCAGUGGUGGCAAGCCCACCAACACCCUGAAGUCCAACUUCUGUACUGGCUCCAACCUGGAUGUGUACAAGACCCUGUACUGGUUCCGAAGCAUGUUGGGGAAUGCCUGGGCCCUCGUGGCCCACAAAUACGACUUUAAGCUUAGCCUCCCUCCUUCCGUCACCUCCUGUAAACUGAGGCUGGACUACCGCUCAGGUCGGUUUCUCUUAAUCAACUUGGUCCUGGCAGUGCAACGGGAUGACUCUCUGGUGUAUUUUGUGAGUCAGUCACCCGAACAUGACAAGCUGACUAGCGUGGACUGGCCUGAGUCUUUUGCAGCCUGUGAGCACCUGUUCCUGAAGCUGGUUGGCCGAUUUGCCCCAGAGAAGACUUGUCAUCUCAAGUGCCUCCAGAUCAUUUCAUACCUCCAGAGCCUCAAGGCCCCGCCCCACGGGCUACAUCAACCCAUUCUCACCCCUUACCACUUCAAGACUGCCCUCAUGCACCUCUUGCUGCGGCUGCCUCUCACUGACUGGAAGCCCGAACUAUUUCCCCAACGGCUCCAGGACAUCCUCUGGUACCUUGGCCGUGGGCUACAGGAGAGAUGUCUUUAUCACUUCCUGAUCGGAAACACCUUUCUACCCCUUACCAUCCCAGUCCCCAAGAACUUUCGGAGUGCCAAGCCUGUCAAUCUCUUUCGGCACCUCGAACUGGACUCUGCGGCACACUCAAAGGCAGUGACAGAGUUCCAUGACCUUGUGACCCAGGUGAAAUCUUUGCCCGGCUUACCACUAUCUGGUAGGGUCAUGUAAAGGCCAUUAAAAUGGGAUUUCUGAUUUUCUGGGCUCCCACAGCGUCUGUUUUUCAGAUGUCUGGCAGUCAGUGCCAGUGCCUGUGCCUGCUGACUUCUCGUGAGGGUAGGGAACAGGAGAAGGCACUUGGUGAAAUUACGGUAUACCUUACCUAGCACUAACUAACCUAGGCUGUGACUUCUAAGUGUUUUUUUUUAACUGACAUGAUUCACAACAUGAUCAAAAGGAGACCAGGAAUCCACAGGUACACAUGACCACAUCUUCUUUCAAUUGAGAUCUAGAAAGAAAACAGGCUCUGAGGAGUUACAAACAUUUGUACUGAAAAUGGGGGAGAGCCUGAGAGAAUACCAUUUUAGCCAGUUUCUAUUUAUGCACCUUACCUAGUUUUUCCUUUGAACUGAUUCCCUUAGGCAAACAGAUCUAUCUAAUUUGUAUCAAAACUGAUCAUAUUCUGCAAAGUGCUUUUUAACCAUAUAAAGCACUUAAGUAAAUGAGACCUAUUUGUUACUGGAAUAAUUCCUUGAGAUCACUUUAUUCCAAGCAAAUGCUGUCAGGUUUUUUGAUUUCAAAUUCACAAAUUUUAAGAUCCAACUUUUCCUACCUGAGUGUUCCUUAUCUUCAAUAUUUUUAUUUUAUUUUUUGCUUUUUUUUGCUAAGGCAAUUGGGGUGAAGUGACUUGCCCAGGGUCACACAGCUAGGCAGUGUUAAGUGUCUGAGGAACUCGGGCCGGUGCUCUAUCCAUUGCGCCAUCUUCAAUAUUUUUAAAAUGCAACCAAGAAAUAAAACAUUUCCUUCUUUGUUGCGUUUUCCAGUUAUGACUGUAAGUUUUCUAGCUAUCAUAUCUUUGACAUAUCACCAGUCCUAACCAAAUCAUAUAUUAGCAUUAUUUCUUCAACAUUGUUGUUAAAAGAAUCAGAGGAAGGUCUCUUCACACUGGGGAGAUCACAUGCUCAAGAACAUAUGAAUAGCUUGUGAGCUACAUAUGGAGGAAAUACCCAAACUGUUGUUGAAGGUAUAAGAUUCUGAAGUUAAUAAUAUACUGUAUGGCUAAAGUAAUUAACAUAUUUUAAUUGAUGCCAUAGACAGCAUCAGACUACUUUUCUAGUGCUUACAAGCAAUAGAGACUACUUGAGGAUCUUUUAAAAACAGAGUCACUAAGAUUAAUGACUGCUAUGUAGUGUUAUUAUUGAAGAACAUCUCUCUCAAUUUCAAGAGAUAACCAACAAUUAAAUCAAUAAUUGCUAUAGAGUUAAGAACUCUCUACAUGGAAAGAAACUUGAGUUUUUAAUCUCUAGUACCCCUUAUCUCUUCAAGACUGCCCUUAUGCACCUCUGCUUUUCCUUAAUUUGGUAAUUCUUUUAUUUUCUUUUUAAAUUCAGACUGAAGAAUGACCUAAACAUUAUAGGUUUUUCAAAGGUGAGGUCAUAAGAAACCCAGGCUUGCUAACAAGAAAGUAUUGGUUCUAAAGAGGUUAUGGGUUUUCUUCAGCCUUUUGAAGCCUCAGGUAUUAAUUUAUAUAGGUUUGUGGGGAAAAGUAUGAGGGUGGGGAUCCUAGUCAGAGACUAUACAUGCUAUUUCUUCCUCACUCUUAUCAUAAAAUACUAUCUGUGAAAAUGUGGCUGAUGUGUCAUAAAUACUAUCACAGAGUGUCAGAUGUUGUUUAGCUUCUCUGGGACUAUCAUUCCAGUAACACAAAAUGGUUCAAAAUAUUUGCCAAAGUUCAAUGCUAAGUCACAUUGAUCUUCGUAGUCCAGGGGGUGGCUCUUUUUUUUUAUAUGAUACCUUCUGGGACAUGCCAUGAAUUUCUUUGAAGUUGUGAUAGUUUUAUAAUGGUGGGAGAAGUUUGUUAUUUUUUUUAGGCAUACACACACAUACACUUGUUCUGUGGAGUUGAAAAUAAUUUGUCAUGUUUUAUUUUUGAACCAAUAAAGUAAACUAUUUUCUAUACAAA